AUGUCAAGGAGUGAUGAAGGGCUGAGGAAGAGAGAUGAGUGGAAGGUUGAAAUAAAAUAUGUUGGUGAUAAGCUGGUGCUAGGGUCACCAGUUACCUUCAUACUCUCAGGGGUCACCAUCCAGAAGCUUUCCCCGACAUGGACCCAUCGAAACCCGCGCAAGAACCGCCACCGCUACCGCCCCAGGGCGGCUCCGCCGCAACCGCCGCCACGGCCGCCGCAGCCUCAGCCCCAGAAGAGCAGCAAGAGACGAGCCCUCGACCCCAAUGUUCGGAUUCAAGCCUCUCCUUACUACAAGAUGCGUUCUUUGCUCAACGACCUUCGUCCUUCUUUCAUCGAGGUGCUUGCGACCCCUGACUUCCGGAAUUGCAGGGCGGCUCAAGAAAUCAAAGAAAAGUUGAAGCUGUUUAUGGAACUAUACGGACAGAUGACUGCAAGUGCAGAAACAGUCUCUUCUACGAAACGUAACAACGUGAAAGAAGGGAAGCGCGUGAAAGGAGAGAACCGGGACACUGAAAAGCGGCAAGCCGAGGUGCUCGAGGCUCGGGGAACAUACAUUGUUGGCGGAUCAGCUUUCGGCUGGAACUUUAUUACCUUUCCUGGCCAUAAACCGGAGUACUACGGCCCGACAAAAGAGUUGUUUCGAGCUUCACGAGUGGAGUUACAAGAAAAGAGAAAUGCUUCUGUUCCCCGUACUGGUUGACAUUGACCG